AUGGCCGUGAGUGGUCUUGUGCCAUGGAUUGCAGCCGACUGGCAGUUCCGCUCGCGACCGGACCUCGCACCUCCGAGGCUCAACAUCACCAUCCCAGCUGGAAACUCAGGGGGAAAGGGGUUCAUUUUCGUCGCCCCCUAUGCCGGCUUUGAGCAAGGCAAUAGCGGACCGAACCAACCGGGAGCUUACAUCUUCCGAGAUGAUGGGGAGCUCGUAUGGUCUAGCAUUGGCUACUACGCCGGCUGGGUCGCCAAUUUUCGCCCCGAUACUUGGAACGGAAAGCGAUAUUUACGCGGUUUCCAAGGUCUGCUUGAUGGGCAUCACGGCCGCAUGUUUGGAUAUCAUACUCUUUUAGGUUCCGAUUACGAAGUCGCUAAGGUGCCUUGGGGAGGCAGUGAAGACCAGAACUGGAUCAUCUCCGGGGGAUUCCAAGACACCGACAUCGAGACGGGUGAGGUUGUAUUCGAAUGGGAAAGUCUCGACCACGUAGACCCGAAGUUCAGUGCAUUCCCGCUCGACUUUGGCGAAGGUCUCCCAGGAGGCGGCAAAACCGAGACUGAUGGGUGGAACUACUUCCACGUCAACAGCGUCGACAAAGAUGACGAGGGCAACUACCUUGUAUCAGCACGUAACACGGCGGCCGUUUUCAAGAUCAAUGGCACAAACGGUGAGAUCAUCUGGCAACUUGGGGGAUUCCACGGAGGUUCUUCCUUCACUCUUCCGAAGGAAGAUGUCUUUGGCUACCAGCAUCACGCACGGUUCCGCAGUCGUUCGUCUGACGGAAAUAUUGAGGUAAUUUCGCUCUUUGAUAACGGCGCGCACUCUGCAUCAGUAAAGACAAACCCGUUCUCUCGCGGCCGGAUCUACCAGCUCAACCACACCGACGGCACAGCCAAGGCUCUGAAGACAUACGAUGCUCCGGAUGGGCUAUCGGCCCAUACCCAAGGAAAUCUCCAAGUGCUUCCUAACGGCAACGUUUUCAUCAACUGGGGCCAGGCAGGCGCGGUGACCGAGUACAGCAAUGAUGGUGAUGUCUUGUUCCACGCGUACCUCGAUUCGGCCCCCGUGGGCAAUUUGGUCCAAAGUUAUCGCGGGUUCCGCUUCAACUGGACUGGCGUGCCCACAGAGGAGCCGGCCAUAGUUGCUUUCAGAGGCAAGGGCUCUGUCAUCAACAAGUGCGGCGAAGGACAGUUUUCUUCUACUAGGAGAAACUAA